CAUAUUGAACUCUGCCCUUUCCUACCUUGCAGAUGCUGUGUACAAAACGUCAAAACAAGAGCUCUGGUUAGCUCUUCGAUUCACCAGACAUUAAUCAUCAGACUGUUAGACAAGAUAGUGUGAGCAGGGCAGAAAACAAGAAGGGAAUUCUUGACUUUCACCAUCACCACCAUCCCAUCAACAACGACCAUGAUAAAGUUUGUUUUCUUGUCUGGAUUGGUCAUCCUGUUUAUUGUACUAACUGUCAGAACUGUCCAUUUUUCACGCACAAGUCCACCGGUUCAAGAAUGUAAGGCUACAGAUUCUGAUUUCAUUCCGUUAAGUGAUGUUAUGUUGAGCAGGUUUCAGAGAGCCUUGAGCAUCAAAACUGUAAGCAAAGAUGUCGGCGAUUAUGACAGGGAAGAACUGGAAAAGUUUAAAAAUUUUAUUGUUGAAAAGUUCCCAAGAUUGCACAGCUCACCGCUGGUGGAGUGGGAAGUUGUAAACAACUACAGCUUGUUGUACAGCAUCAAGGGCAGCAACCCUGGCUUAAAACCAUUUCUUCUUAUGAGCCAUUUGGAUGUAGUGCCAGCCACCAACAUUGAAGAAUGGGAUGCUCCCCCCUUUUCAGGAGAUGUGGUGGAUGGAUUUAUUUAUGGACGUGGAGCUCUGGAUGUGAAACAGUGUGUAAUGGGAAUUUUAGAAGCAGUAGAAUACUUGCUGUCCAAGAAUAUCAAGCCUGUAAGAUCAUUUUAUGUCGCCUUUGGCCAUGAUGAAGAGGUCCAUGGUAUGGAUGGCGCCCAAAUGCUUGCAAAUAGAUUAAAAGAGAAGGGUAUUUCUGAACUAGAAUUUGUAUCUGACGAAGGCCUGCCUGUGACUGAAGGACUGGUGCCAGGAGUCAAGAAGCCGGUGGCCAGUUUAGGUGUAAGUGAGAAGGGUCAAGUGAUUCUCAAACUGUCAGUUGAAGACGCCCCAGGUCACUCUUCAAUGCCACCCAAAGAGUCAACUAUUGGGAUACUGGCCAGAGCUGUGGACAGACUGGAGUCCACCCCUCACCCCAGCAUGAUGGGAUAUGGGGUUGAAAAAGAUAUGAUGGAGCAGCUGGCACCUGAGAUGAACAUAGCACAGAGAAUGAUCUUUGCAAACAUUUGGUUAUUUAGACCCCUCAUUUCAUGGUUCAUGUCCACUAAACCAACAACUAAUGCUAUGAUCCGCACUGUCACUGCUGUCACUAUGUUUAAUGCAGGGGUCAAGAACAACAUCAUCCCGCCCCUCGCUGAAGCUGUUGUCAAUCAUCGGAUACAUCCAUCACAGACUGUUCAGGAGGUGGUGGAUUACGAUAGGGCAGUUAUAGCUGACAGUCGGGUGAAAAUAGAAGUUUUGAGUGGAUUCGAACCCCACCCAGUGGCAGGGUAUUCUGAUACAGAUUUUGGCUAUCAGGUUUUGAAAACCAGCAUUAGACAGGUGUGGCCUCAGGCUGUUGUUGUACCAGGGAUUAUGAUGGGCAACACAGACACCCGCUUUUACCUGAACUUCACCACCAACGUAUACCGUUUCUCACCCACGUAUAUGUUACCUGGUGACCCCCAGCGUUUCCAUGGCAUCAACGAACGCCUCUCCGUGAAGAAUUACGAGCAGGUGAUCAACUUUUACUACCACUUGAUCAGGAACUCUGAGCAGGCAGGCGUCUCACCUGCGCACCAAGAUCACGCUGACCUGUAGACAGUGAACAAAAUAUUCCCAGGUGUGAUUGUUAUUUUUUUUAUACUAUUGAUAACCAAUGUUGAGAUUUUAUUUAAUAUUUUUUUUAAAUGAGAGAUUAUAAGUGGCAAACAGCCUUAUUGACAUUGUGUUGCUGUGAUAAGCUAAUAUGACAGUUGAGAGAAACAGUUCUUUCAAGAAGAGAACUUAACUCUUUGUCUUGUUGCAUUGAAGUAACAAUUUUUUACUGCUACAUUUUUUUUUUUUUCAAUUCAAAUUCUGGCUUCUAAGUGUUGAGUCUUGAAAAACAGCUAAUAUACAUACUGUAGACUGAUUUUGUGGUGUUUUUUUUCUGUGUAAAUUCCUGAGAUGAUAUGCUCAUAAUUUGUUAUUUAAGGAACAUGACGCUUGACUCCCUAAACUUGUUGUAUUUACUAAUAAUAUAUUUUGUGGUUACCGGAGAAAUGGGCAAAUGAAAACUGCUCACAAAAAGUGAACCAGGGCAUUUUUGUUUUUUUUAAAUGGGGCAUUUGUAGACAUAAGCAAAGAAUGACCACUUGUACAUUGUUAAGGUGUAGUAUUUGUAUUUGUGCAUUUUCUCUUUGCGCAGUUUUCUGUUGCUGUUUUCAGUUGGCCUUAAUAUUUCUUUAUCUAUAUCAAAAUAAACAUUUGUUAAAAUAUUUUAUGAGAUGAGAUUUUGAUAGCAGUGUUUCUU